CCCUGGAAAGAUGCCUCAAAGGACCCCACGCUCCAGACGCUCCAGGUCAGGAAACACAGCAAAUGGCCAAGCGAAUGGCAAUGCCCCGAAACAACCAACGACACAACCUCCAGCAACACAGGCCACACCCCCUCAGCCAAUGCCUACAUAUCCACCAUCCUCUACCUCAGGACCCAGGUUUGGAGAAAACAACCAUUGGAACCAACCUCCUGCCUCCCAGCCACCUCUCCCCCAGCAAGGCCCAGGUGUUCCCAAACCCAUCCCUCCCAAGCAUUAACCCCGACAGGGACACCCCUUCGAACAUAAUGGGGGGGCUCUUCCCAAACCCAUCCCUCCCAAGCAUUAACCCCGACAGGAACACCCCUUCGAACAUAAUGGGGGGGCUCUUCCCAAACCCAUCCCUCCCAAGCAUUAACCCCGACAGGAACACCCCUUCGAACAUAAUGGGGGGG